UGGGGUACAAGUCAUCAGACAAGCCAAAGACAAAGCACAGAAAGGGCUUAUGGUCUCCUGAAGAAGACCAGAGGCUCAGAAACUAUGUCCUCAAACAUGGACAUGGCUGCUGGAGCUCUGUCCCUGUCAACGCUGUACAAUUGGAAGAAAAAGAUUUGCAGGCAUUACUUACUGAUUUACAAAAAUUCAGUUGACGUCUAGUUAAAUGACCAAAAACACCCCCAUCAAUUGACUUUCCUUAGUUUGAUAAUAAUGCAAACAGAGCUGCAGAGGAAUGGGAAGAGCUGCAGAUUAAGGUGGAUUAAUUACUUAAGACCGGGAUUAAAGCGAGGGGUGUUUUCAGCACAAGAGGAGGAGACUAUCCUCAGCCUUCAUCGCAUGUUGGGCAACAAAUGGUCACAAAUUGCACAACAUUUGCCUGGAAGAACAGAUAAUGAGAUAAAGAAUUAUUGGCAUUCCUAUCUUAAGAAGAAACUUCUCAAAGCCGCCGAAGCGCGAAACAAGACUCAAUGCAGCAGUCCAAGCUCAGAUGAAUCAGUGAGUCAGGGGUUCGGUCUUCCCAAACCAAAGCUUUUAUUCGCUGAAUGGCUGGCACCAGAUGAUGUUCAUGAUGGCAGCUUUGCAAAUUCAAGCGAUCAGCAGGUGGCAGGAAUAAUUUCUAGGGAUGAGUUUGAUUAUUACUGGAGCUUGGAUGAUGGUGUAAUGCCAGGUUACUCAUUCAAUGAAGGGAAAUUAACAUUUGGUGGCAAGUAUGACCACAGUACUACUAGUCCAAGUGAUGGUUCUUCAGGCAGUCAUGACAUGUUUGGUUCAGUAUUCAAAAUUGAGGAUCAGAGUCCAGGGAGUGCUGAUCAUUUUAUUGAUUUCAACUCUGGAGAUGAUAUGUGUAGUCAAUUUAACAUCAGCAGCGAUGUGAUGUACAUAUGAUUAUGAGGACUUGUUUUCAAAAGCAAUUCACAAGGAAGAAGAAUAACUUCUAAGUAGACUUCUGCAUACAGAUAAUGUUAUUUUGCAAUAAUGAAUCAAGUCUACGAAAAUUGUAUGAAAAUA